GUCCAGGUCCAUUCUAGAAGUUCCCCGUCCACCUGCACUUCUCGUGCAUUGUGAAUGCAUUGCCCUAUUAUUUAUUGUUAGGAGUGGGGUCAUCAACCCCCAAACUUGCAAGCGGUGUUGCAAGCGGUGUCGGGUCUAGUCCUCUUGGAGACGCCAAAUGAUCCCACUUCGUGCGCCACAAGGCGUUAGGUAUACGCAACAAAUAGAUCGAAGCCAGCAGGUGCUCCCGCAGCUUCGCUCGCGUGCUCCGCAAUCGGUAUCGCACGUCGCCGGCUCGCGGCGCGCUGUCAGCAGGCGGUCUGUCCGCGCCUUCGCUUGGGGAACUCCAAAAACGACGGGCCCGGCGCCAGGCGAAGUGCUCGGCAAGGAUUAUGACCAGAAAAUCCCCAGCUAUAAUAAGGGGCGCCGCGCGGGCAUUCUGCUGCACCCCACCUCUCUCCCGGGGCCGUACGGCAUUGGCGAUAUUGGUGAUGAGGCCAAGCGCUUCGUCGACUGGCUCGCCGACCACGGCAUGCAGUGCUGGCAGCUGCUGCCGCUGGUGCCCCCGGACCCCAUGUACUACUCCCCCUACUCGGGCACGGACGCCAACUGCGGCAACCCCCUUGUGGUGAGCAUUGAGGAGCUCAUCAAGGACGGACUGCUGGAGUUCUCGGAGACGCCCCCGCGCGUGCCCAUCGCCGACGUUGACUAUCCCGCUGUGGCCGCGGCCAAGCUGCCCCUGCUCAAGCGCGCGGCGCAGCGGCUGCUUAAGGAGGACCGCUUCACGCGGCUGCGGGAGGAAUACCUCAAGUACCGCAAAGAGCACCCCUGGGUGGAGGACAGCGCGCUGUUUGAUGUGGCGCGCAACCUGCCGGAGCUGAGCCAGUUGGCGUGGUGGCAGUGGCCGGAGCCGUUGCGGCUGCGGCAGAAGGAGGCGCUCAAGGAGUUCCGGGAGACAAACAAGGACGCAAUUGACGAGUUCGUUGUGAUCCAGUACUUCUUCGAGAAGCAGUGGAAGGCGAUCCGGUCCUACGCGAACGGCAAGGGCAUCAAACUCAUCGGCGACAUGCCCAUCUACGUGGGCGGCCACAGCGCAGAUGUGUGGGCCAACCGCCACCUGUUCGAGCUGAACGAGGCGGGCCUGCCCGAGCAGGUCAGCGGAGUGCCGCCGGACGCCUUCUCAGCAACGGGCCAGCUGUGGGGCAGCCCGCUUUACAAGUGGCCGGCCCACAAGAAGGAGGGCUUCAAGUGGUGGACGGCGCGCAUGGCCCGGACCCUGGAGCUGUACGACGAGUGCCGCAUCGACCACUUCCGUGGCUUCGCAGGCUACUGGAGCGUGGACGCCAACGAGACCACCGCCAUGAACGGCAACUGGCGCCAGGGCCCUGGGCUGGAGCUGUUCACGGCCAUGAAGAAGGCGCUGGGGGCGGUGCCCAUCCUGGCUGAGGACCUGGGCGUCAUCACCACGGACGUGGUGGCGCUGCGCGAGGCCAUCGGCGCUCCGGGCAUGGUGGUGCUGCAGUUCGCCUGGGGCGGCGGCCCCGGCAAUGUGCACCUGCCGCACAACCACUACGAGAACUGCUUCGUGUACCCGGGCACCCACGACAACGAGACGGCGGUGGGCUGGUUCCGCGGCUCCGCCAACGACACGGACAAGUCCUACAUCAAGAGCUACCUGCGCACGGACGGCGGCGACAUCGCCUGGGACUUCAUCCGCGCCUGCAUGGCGGCGGUGCCACGCACGUGCGUCAUCAUGAUGCAGGACGUGAUGCGGCUGGACAACACGGCUCGCAUGAACACGCCCGGCACGGCCGCCGGGAACUGGCGUUGGCGCAUGGGCGAUGGCAACGUGUGGAACUCGCUCAAGAAGGAGGGCGAGGACCUGCGGAAGGUGGCACACGACACGAACCGCCUGCCCAAGCCCAAGGCGUGAACCGAUUGAAUGAGCGGGACUGAGCGCGCACAGUUGCAUCUGCAGUCGCAUAUGUGCUCAUGACACGCGUGCAGCGUGCAAGGGAUUAAUGAGCUUUGGAUACUGGCUUCGAGCGAGUAGGUGUAGGGGUGCGUUUCUGUGGGGAGAAAUAGGUGAGACAGGACAUCAAAGCAUCUGCAUGGCACGCUGAGCGAAGGUUGUGUAGUGAGGUAGUGAGGUAGGCCGCCCUUACAGCCGGCGCCCACGCCGUGGCCGCGCGCGCGAGGACCACUCAAAAGUGCCCCGUCCCAGACCUGCUGGACUCAGCCCCAUCUUUGGCUGACUGGCCUUAAUCUUGCGACAAGGCGGGCUGCUGCUGCAAACGCGCUACUCCUGCGCUUAGAGCACGGUCAUUGCUGCGUUACCAGGGCAAUGCGCCAGCGGCAACAUGGGGACAGGACAUCUGCAAUCAUGUGGUUGGAUGUUAAACCUGCCUCGCCCUACUAAAUAUCUUCCUUUAUCAAAGAUGGUGCAACACCUCAGGCUCUCGCACGGCGACGUAUUCCUAGGUAGCGGCGGCCCCUCGGGUCUGUCCUGGGACCACAACUGGAGUUUGUUGCUUUCUGCUGGUCUCUGCACCGCUCGCACCUCUCCGGUCUGGCACGCCCCUGUGCAGCACGAGUCCCUA